AUGUACACGAUCAAGACCGUCCUUGGAGACGAGGACUCCCCCGACGCCAAACAUGAAUUCAAGAAAGAUGUCAAGACCACAAUACAAGACCCAGAGUCCCCUACUCAACCAGGAGAGGAAUACGUUGGAUACUUCGAAGAAACUUCGACUGUGAGGCAAGGCCUUCAUCAAAGACACAUUCAAAUGAUCGCUUUGGCCGGCACUAUCGGAACAGGCCUCUUUCUUAGUUCUGGUCGAGCGAUUUCGCGUUCUGGUCCCCUGGGUGCUCUCCUGGGUUACCUGGUCAUGGGCUGCGUUGCCGGUACCGUGACCCUUGCAGUGGGCGAGAUGGGCACACUUGUUCCGUUGAACGGCGGGAUAGUCCGCUACGCGGAAUAUUUUGUGGACCCGGCAUUAGCGUUUGCCAACGGCUACAACGUGGUAUAUUCUUACCUUGUGUCUAUCCCCGCAGAGAUCGUGGCCGCGGCUGUGCUAGUGCAGUUCUGGUCUGACCUCAACAGUGCGAUUUGGGUUACGAUUUUUGGACUGCUUAUGGUGUGUACGGCCUUGGUCUUUGUGCGAGUAUAUGGAGAGCUCGAGUUCGCUUUCUCUAUGAUGAAGAUCUUGCUGAUUAUUGGAGUCAAUAUCAUGGUAACGCUCAGCUUUCAUUUCUACACCAUUUGUGGGCUUUCGUGA